AUGGAUGAUAUUCCCUUACAAAAAUGUAUAAUUGCCGUGUCUGCACGGCACUUUACCAAUACAGGGCAAUAUUUCGACCAGACUUAUACCAAUAUGGCCCCUCGAUUCCUUGUUGCUAAUUUAGAUGCCCUCCAUUUCAAACGACAAACCAUCCAAGCAGUAACACGGUCAUUGAAUGGCCAUGAGAUCUCUCGAAAGAACACUUUACUGGCAUCAAUCUUUCUUCUUAUCUUCCUCGAUCUCCUAGAGUCUGGCAUGGAUGGCUGGAAUCAUCAUAUUUGUGGUGCGAGGGGCCUUGUCAACCUUGGCAGCUCUCUACUGGAUCCCGGCCUCGACCAAGAAACAAAAUGCCAGGUUAAGAGUAGCCAUGGUGAUAUGGCGACCGAUACGAGGAAAUUCAUUUCCCGACAAUUGAAUUUGUAUUGCCCCUCUCUGACUAAUUAUACGGCGCAAAUUAUCAUUGUACUGACUAACUCCAGGAUUUCAACACUCGGAGAUGCAUUGUCAGGCUCCAAGUCAAAAUCAGAAGCAUUUCCCAACUGUGAUAGCGAAAUGAAACACGAGUCAAUCGUUCGAAGCUUCCUCGGCUGCCCGGAUCUUUUGUUAAGAGCGAUUCGAUACUUCUCUAGCCAGAGAGAUUUCCUCGGAAACUUAGACAGUCAAAAGACUGACGCUAUUAAUGACCAUAUACGGGACACUAUGAUCAUGCUUGACAUGACAAGAAACUUUGAUUGUCAGCGGUGGGCAUCAAGGGUCAUUUCCCUAACUGUUUCCAGCGACAUUGAGAAGCUUUCCUUGCUGGCAAAAGGAUACAAGAUCGCUGCCUUCAUUUAUGGAACCAGGAUAUUCCGUGCUUUCGCAUCCCCGGCCAAUACACCUAUCAGUACUCAAGGAACAGAAAAUGAAACGCUAGUUUCGGAAUUAAUCGCGACAAUCGAGCUUCUCGCCGCGGACGAGAUGUUUUUCAAAUGCCUCAUAUGGCCCACAUUUAUUGCAGGCCUGGAAUGCAAAACAGGAAAUACCAGAGAGUCUAUAACGGCGCUUUUACGAGGCCUUUGGGAUUUUACCUCUUGUUUGAAUGUCAUCAACGCCUCCAGGAUCCUACAGGAAUACUGGCAAAAGCAGGACUCGAGUGAUAAUUCGGGAAAGGCACAUCAAGAAAUUGAAGUCAUGGGCCAGGGAUGGCUACUGAUCUGA